AUGGGCGAUCAGGAAGCAGGUCCUAGCGGUAUAAAAAGGGUAAGAUACGAUGUGAGAGGUAAAAAAAUGCUGAAUAGUGUAGAAUUAGAGAGGCUUGCAAACAACAUAGACGAUGAACAAUUUUCGGAUAUUGAUUUUGAAGAUGACUUUGAAGAUGAUUGCGAUUAUUCUGAAGAGGACUCUGACGAUGAUUCGCUGGCAAAUCUAGUUACUACGUCUGCGCCUACAAUUAUUACUAAUGAGCCUUUGGUUUGGAAUGAUGAUACAACGUGCAUCAAAAAGUUGCCCUUCACUGAAGCUCAGGAGUUAUUACAGCAGCCUCAAGGAAAUGAUCCUAUCGAUUACUUCAAUCUGAUAUUUGAUGACAGUUUUUUACAACAAAUCGUUGAACAGACCAAUAUAUAUGCAUCAGAAAUACUUUGCCUGGAAGGUAAAACUGAACAAUCUAGAAUUACAAAAUGGCGAGAUGUUACAGUACCUGAACUCAAAUUAUUUUUGGGACUUCUGUUACAUACUGGCAUAAUUCCAUUGAGUAGAUUACAUGACUAUUGGAAAAAGGAUUACCUUUUCAAAAUUUCAUGCUUUUCUGAACAUUUGAGUCGAAAUAGGUUUCUUUUAAUUUUGAGAUGUUUGCAUUUCGCUAAAAAUUCCGAAGAGGGGGAACCAGCUAUUCCCGAUCGCCUUUACAAAAUAAGACCCCUUGUUGAUCUCUUCAACAAAAAAAUAAAUUCAGUAUUUUACUCUGGUCGAGAGCUCAGUCUUGAUGAAUCGAUGGUGUUGGUGUUGUGGCGGGGACGACAAGUUUUUAGGCAAUAUAUUAAAAACAAAAAACACAAAUACGGCAAAAAAUUGUACAUGGCUACUACACCAAAUGGGAUUAUUGUAAAAUUUGCAGUUUAUACUGGUAUUCUAGAUGAAAUGGGAGGAAAAGGACAUGCUGCAAAUGUGGUCCUACAUCUAAUGAGUGAGUUGUUAGGGAAUGGUCACUCUUUGUACAUGGACAACUUUUAUAAUAGUUUCGACCUUGCAAGACAACUACUAGAAAGGAAAACUGAGGAUUGA